ACAAUCUUCUAAUCAUAUAAUGAACACUUACAACGAAGAAAAAGAAAAACACUCUAGAAGAAAAAAUAGGGACUUCAUGAAAAAGGAUGGCACAUGGGCUCUUAAACAUGUGAGCCCAACAGGUAAAGAAUGCACAUGGUGGCUCCAGGGCUUCAUGUUUUCAUGCUGUCACUUACUAGUUUGAGCAAAUUCUGAAUAUCUUUUGCCUCAGUUUUCUCAUCUCUAAAGUGAGGAUUAAAUGAUUAAUAAAUGUAAAAUAUUUAGAAUAGUGCUUGGCACAAAGGGCUGAAGAAAUGUUAUUUGGUAUUAUUGCUCUUAUUGUGAUUAUUUCUAAAAAUGAUGCCCAACUUCAUUCAUCAUAGGAGGAAUUGAAGUUUAAAUGAAACUAAGAUCCACAAUAAUAUAUUGUGUAAUAAGAGUGCUGACGUAUAUGGAUGGUUAUUUUAUAUGUUGGUACUACUUUAAUAGAGAACAAUUUGAAAUAGCUGUUAAAGGUAAACCAGCUUUUUAAUUUUGACCUGGCAGUUUCAUUUCUAGGAGUUUAUCUUAGAAAUUUAUGUAUUAAAAAGAUAGAUAUAUACAAUAAUAUAUGCAAAUAGUAACUGUGGUACUAUUUAUGUAAGCAAAAGACUGGAAGUGACUUAAAUGUCCCAGUGGAAACAGGUAAAUUGUUAAAUCUAUGUAAUGGAAUACUCUGUAGUACCAUUGAAAAGAAAUGAAGUAGGUCUACAUGUGCCAGUAUAGAAUGAUUUGCAAGAUGUGCUGUUAAGUAGGAGGGGACACCUUCCACACACCUACAUACAAUACUAAUGUAAGUCCAUACUAUUUCUGGAAUGAAUGAAAAGUACUGACAGUGGUUGCUUUUGAGGAGAGGGUCUGAAAGGGAGGAUAGGGAGACUUACUUUCCUAUACUCUUUUGUGCUGUUUGAAACAAAAAAUUUUAAACAUGUUUACAUAUUAGCUUUUACCCUCCCCUAAAUCCUUUACCUGUUUCCUGCAACACACAUAUAUACACACUCUUGCAUGCACAGUUUUCAGAGCAUGCAAAUGUUAUUCCAGGAAUCUGCCUGGCUGUUACAGUGACAGGGAAUAGUGUAUUAAGUUUAUUGAAUAUGUGAUGUGAUUCUUGGGUCAUAGCAGGGAUCUGAUUCUUGUCAUCUAAAUUGGUGCUGAUGGGAAAAAUUUGCCUGGAUGGUGGAAACUGAGGCCUUGGCUAAGUAUGCUCAAGCUCUGAGGCAUACUUUUUAGAUGUUGUCAAGAAUGCUGGAGCCAGAAAAAGAUCUUGGUCUUCAUGUAGCCUUUCUCGGCUAUUUUUAGAGGUCUGAGAAGAGAGUGAAUAGAAAGGAACUUCAGGAGUUCUGUACCUCCCUAGGGAACCGUGGCUGUAUUUAACAACUGUUUGGUAAAUACAGCCACAGUUGGAACCUAUUUCAGGUUCCAGAGCUGAGAGCCAGAAUGGAAAAUUCACUUGGCACAAUAGAGUUUUGUGCUUAUGCUGCCCCUUGUAAUUUCUGGAAAUACUUUUUAACCCUGGAAGAAUUGAAGUCAUGACCAGGAUUCUUUGUGUAAAACUCCUUAAACAUAUCAAGUUUAGAGUUUUAAGGGACUUUGUACAACUCUCUACUUUUUAUUGGGUGGUGUUUAAGCUAAUUGCUACUUGCAUAAAGGCUAUAGCCAUCAGCUCUAACAUCAGAAUUAGGGUGAAUUGUCUCACCUUGUUCAAAUAACUUUUCUCAGUGUGAAAUGAAAUAUGGUCUGUAUAUAUGUAGAAAAUGUGAUCAUAUAAAUUGGGACCAGGAUAUAAUACUUUAUUUUAUACAAUAAAUCUUAGACUACUGCAUCUUAAUAUUUUCAUUCUAAACUGUCCGAGGGGUGACUCAUCCCCAUUGUUAUACAGUGGCUUGGUGUGGCAUUGAUAUUCUACAGGAGUGAGGAGUCUUUCAGUGAAUACUAGAGGUGGUUAUUGGAAAGUGGGGAGGUAGAGAUAAUGAUUCUGAUUUUUAAAACACACCGCUCCCUCACCCUCCUGAUGAGAGAUCCUGGUUUCAUCUAGUUCACUUGUCUUCCCUCUGUUAUCUGUUGUCUGCUUGCAUAUGAGCAUGUAUAAAACAGAUUACCACUGACUUACAAGUGCUCAAGACAAACAACUGGUUGUAGAAAGUUUUGCUCCCAUUACAGGCAAAGGCCCAGAUCUGAAGGUGGAAGGAUUACACAAUGUUGCUGGGAAAAGUGAGCAAUCUGUUUAACCAAAGGAGAGAUGUCAGCAUAUUUAUAGGAAUUGCCUGAAGCCAGAGUCAUGGUGGAUGUAGGAAAGUGGCCAAUCUUCACACUGCUUUCACCUCAGGAAAUUGCAUCUAUUCGGAAAGCAUGUGUCUUUGGCACCUCAGCCAAUGAAGCAUUGUACGUUACCGACAGUGAUGAGGUCUUUGUAUUUGGACUGAACUACAGUAACUGUCUAGGAACUGGAGAUAACCAGAGUACACUUAUACCCAAAAAGCUAGAAGCUUUAUGUGGAAAGAAGAUUAAAAGCCUUAGUUAUGGCAGUGGACCACAUGUUCUUCUCAGCACUGAAGAUGGAGUUGUUUAUGCCUGGGGCCACAAUGGAUAUAGCCAGCUUGGGAAUGGGACAACCAACCAAGGCAUUGCUCCCAUCCAAGUCUGUACCAAUCUCUUGGUCAAGCAAGUGGUUGAAGUAGCUUGUGGCUCACAUCAUUCAGUGGCUCUGGCAGCUGAUGGAGAGGUAUUUGCUUGGGGCUAUAACAACUGUGGCCAGGUGGGAUCCGGAUCCACAGCAAAUCAACCAACUCCUCGAAAAGUUACAAACUGUUUACAUAUUAAGAGGGUAGUAGGCAUUGCCUGUGGUCAAACCUCAUCCAUGGCUGUUCUGGACAAUGGUGAGGUAUAUGGCUGGGGUUAUAAUGGCAAUGGUCAGCUUGGCUUGGGAAACAAUGUCAAUCAGCUGACCCCUGUGAGAGUAGCAGCUUUGCACAGCGUGUGUGUGAACCAGAUUGUCUGCGGCUAUGCACACACUCUAGCACUAACAGAUGAGGGCUUGCUCUAUGCCUGGGGAGCUAAUACAUAUGGGCAGCUGGGAACUGGCAAUAAAAAUAACCUGCUAAGCCCAGCACACAUCAUGGUGGAAAAAGAAAGGGUAGUAGAAAUUGCAGCCUGCCACUCUGCCCACACAUCUGCUGCCAAAACCCAGGGUGGUCAUGUGUACAUGUGGGGCCAGUGCCGGGGCCAGUCAGUGAUCCUGCCUCAUCUCACCCACCUCUCCUGCACGGAUGACGUGUUUGCCUGCUUUGCCACUCCUGCCAUCUCCUGGCGCCUCCUGUCUGUUGAACAUGAAGACUUUUUAACAGUUGCAGAGUCCCUGAAGAAAGAAUUUGACAGUCCAGAAACUGCUGAUCUAAAGUUUCGAAUUGAUGGGAAAUAUAUCCAUGUCCAUAAAGCUGUCUUGAAAAUCAGGUGUGAGCACUUUCGAUCCAUGUUCCAGUCUUAUUGGAAUGAGGAUAUGAAAGAAGUGAUAGAAAUAGACCAGUUUUCUUACCCAGUGUAUCGUGCCUUUCUCCAAUUCCUCUACACAGACACAGUUGACCUACCGCCUGAAGAUGCUAUAGGUACUUCAGCCACAUUGGGAGUGGCCAGGUCACAUGGUCAGAAAUAUAUCUCCUGUUCUUCUUAUGGCCUUUUGGAUUUGGCAACAUCUUACUGUGAAAACAGACUGAAAAAACUUUGUCAGCGUAUUAUCAAACGGGGAAUCUCUGUGGAGAAUGCCUUUUCGUUAUUCUCUGCUGCAGUCAGAUAUGAUGCAGAGGAUUUAGAAGAAUUCUGCUUUAAGUUUUGCAUCAAUCAUUUGACAGAGGUUACACAGACUGCAGCAUUUUGGCAAAUGGAUGGCCCUCUGCUAAAGGAAUUCAUUGCUAAAGCCAGUAAAUGUGGAGCCUUUAAGAACUGAAGCCAAGGCUGCUGGGUUUUGUGUGAGUCCUUUGGGACAUUGGUGAUGGUGUGUCCUUUGUAUUCCACUGGCAAUAUAAUUCUGCAGGUAAAAAACCAUCAGGUUCCUUUUUUUAUAUCUGAAACACAGUUCUCUGUGCAGGAAUAUAUGAAGGAUGUAUGUCUUUUCCUGAACCUACUUUAAACAACUCUUGUUUCCAGAUAACGUAUAUUUUAAAUGUGACUAUAGGUUUGACUGGAACUUUGUAAAGGCUGAAAGUUUAACUGAUUAUUUCUCUGUUUUUUAUUAGGGGAAUUUCUGAACUUGGAAAGGGGAAGUUUGUGACAAUUUUCCUGACUCAUAUAUCAACAACCCUUUUGACACUAGGAGUCAGGAUAGUUUGUGAAUUGUGAGUUAGACAUAAGAGGCCCCACCAUAAUUAAAGAUGCUAACAUUGGGGCUUGUCAAAGUGUUGCAUUAGUUGCUAGUUCAACUGCCUUACUGUGAAGGAAUAGUUGACAUCUUUUGAGGCUUUUAUUUCUGCAUUUGCACUAUUGAUGGACUUUUUCUUAAUGGUUUAUGAAAAUAAUAUUCAGUUUAGUCUGAGAUAAAUCUAUUAAUAAUUAUGUAAAGAUAAAUUUCUAGGUUAGCCAAGAUUUAAGACUUAAGCACAUAAAGAGUAGUAAUUUAAAACUGUCCAUAAAAAGUUGAUGAGAGAAUCUUUGGACAAUGGUAAGUAUUUUAUAAAAUUAGAAUCUCCACUAUUAUUUAAUUGUUUUAUUAAAACUUGAGAACUCAAGUUUAAAUUCCCCGCACGCAUACCUUUUCCUCUAUAAGUGCCGAUCAUAAGAGGAAAAAUGGCAUUCAAUAUAUCCUUGCCUCCCUAAUUGUGGCUGUUAGAUCAUCAGGUCUGCUAUGUCUGGACUUCAUGGGAUUUGUUUUUUAUAGGUAAGCAAAACCCAUCACUGAUUUGCUUAUUUGAAACUUUGCUAGCUUUAACUUUUGAUUUUCCUCUCCUUUUAAUAGUGUUAGGUCUAAUAUUUAGCACAACUGAACCUUGGAAAGUGAACAAAAUUAUGUUUUUUUGGUUGUUUGGGGGGGUCUGGUUGUGAAGUGUUAUUUGGUAGGUAAGAAUAUUUGACUCUUUUAUGUGUCUGCUGAGUUUGCUUUAUGAACAAAGCUUCAUCUGCCCUCUGGCCCACUCUCAUUUCCAUUAGUAGGUGCUCUCUUAGUAAAUUCCUUCCUGCUUAGAAGGUCCUCCCAUCUGAACUUGGAGCCUACAUACAUUUUCAGAGCAAAAUUAACAAGAAGGUGAAGAUAUGCAGCAAUUACUUUUAGCAGUUUUUUUAAGUGUGUAUGGUGGUGGCAGGUGGGAGGAGUGAGGGCCCAAAUAUAAGUAUUCAUUGAUAGGUAAAAUAUAUACAAACCUGAAGUCCCAGCCAGCUCUUUUCUUUGACCGUGUUGCAAGUGAUUAAAGCCCAGUCAUUAGAAUUAUUUCUGCACAAGAAAGAAUUUUUCAUACUGGUUGAUACACAUUAUUAGUUAUGAUGGAUACUGUUUGUAACAAUCACUGUUCUGUAGGCUUAUGAUCUGGACAAAACAUGAACUUCAGUAUGUUUACUAUUGCUCUUACUUGAAACAAGAAAUUUAUAAAAAGCACAAAUUAAAGUACUAGGUCCAUUUCCAUAUAUAGUUCAUUCAUUCAAUAAAUAUUUAGUGAGUUCCUAAUAUAGGUGAAGAAGCACUUCUUAUAUUACUAAGUAAUUUGUAUGAAUGUGUAUGUAGUGAAGUAUUUCAAAAUUACUUGUCUUUUUUUUCUUUAAAUAACUUAUUUUUUUACUUGGUUUUGUUGUUAAUCCUAGAGGAGAAACUGUUCUUUGAAUUGCUUUUUUCACUUGUUGUAAUAAUGAAAGCCAAAGUAUUCAUAUUUCUUAAAAUAGCCGUAAAUGUACUCUUAAACUCCUUACUGGAACAAUGUUUGAUACUCUAAUGUAUAGGUUGUGUUUAUAGAAUAUUUAGAAUCACAUACUAAUAAAUCAAGUAAUCUGUUAAAACAGGCAUUUGAUUGUGCCUCCUCCCCCAAUCAGUAAUCAGUAAUACACAGCCAUAAAAAGGAAGGAAAUUCUGACAUGCUAUAACUUUGAUGAACCUUGAUGAAAUCAUGCUAAAUUAAAAAAGCCAGUCACAAAAGGACAAAGACUGUAUGAUUCCACUUAAUAUGAAAUACCUAGAGUAGCCAAAUUCAGAGUUAGAAAUUACAGUUGUGGUUGCAGGGGACUUCAGGAAGGAGGAAAUGGGGAGUUAAUGUUUAAUGGGUACAGAGUUAAGUUUUGCAAAAUGAAGAGUUCUGUGGCUGGAGGGUGGUGAUGGUAAAAAUGUGAAUUUCUUUAAUGCUAUAGAACUGCACUUAAACAUGGUUAGCAUGGGAAAUUUUAUGUGUAUUUUGUAAUAGGUUUUAAAAAAUCAGUACUGAGUCCUAAGAGGUAUCAGGCCAAAAACAGGUAUCACCAUGCACAUGUCAACUAGUUCUCAACUACAUACACACUCAACCCUAUAGAUCCUUUGAUUUUAUUCCUGCUGAAAGAUAAUACAGUUGAACUGUCAUAGCAGAAAAAUGGAUCUGGAUCCGUUGGGGUACUUAUAAAUGAAGACAUAGUCCCUGUCCUUAAGGAAUGUAUAAACUGUUAGGAGUUAACACAAUAACGUUAUUUGUAAACAGCUUUUCAUGAUAGUAAGAGAAAAUCUCAUAGAAUUAUGAGAAGUUUAUCUGAAGAUGUUUGUGCAGUGUAGGGGAAAACAUAAAAGUGUCCUUUUAGCUCAUUUCCAAAACAACAGUUAAGUGGCACAAGCAAAGGCUUAUAGGUGGGGGCUAAUGAGCCUUCCAGAGGUUAACCUAAGCAAGUUUGUUUGAUUAGGAUGGAGAAAAGCCAGGGUCUAAUAGUUGGAAAUACUGGCAAAGGGAGGGCAUGUGUGUGAGAACAUUUAUUUCUCAUGGUGCCAGGCACCAUGCCCAGUGCCACACGUACAUUUUUUUUCAUAUGCACAUUUUGUACCACAAGGUAGGCAGGAUUAGGUGUAGAUAGAUUAAAUAAUUUGAUUGAAGGUUUUCAGUAGUAAAUGAUAUAGCUAAAGUACAAAGCCAGGUCUGUUUUAACAGUUUGUCUGAUAUUUGCCUACUUUAUGACUGAAAUUCUUUCCUGUGAAUGACAGAUUAAAUUUGAAGGUGGAGGGACAAAGAUUUUCUUUAAAAUAAAGAUCAUGUUGUCAAAACUAUUACUCAGAUAAGCUUUGCUAUAGGAUAUAAUGUCAGGGGAGGAAGUUGAGUUACAGUUACAUUCUAGACCAAGGGAAAUCUUUAUUCAGUAGGUCUGGUAUGGAGUUUUGGCUUAUACUUUUUAAGUUGCCCAGGUGAUUCUUAUGUGCAGGCAAAUAAAUUGGAAAACCACCAAUUAAGAUUUUGUCCCUCAGGUAAGAAUGACUUGGACUAAGGUGGCCUUUACAACAGGAAUGGAUACGUUGUUUCAUCUACAUGAUAUUCUUUCAACAGAUACUUUUGAGUACUUAUUACAUGCCAGUUACCAUACUGAGACUCAGAUCAAAUUCAUUAUGAAUGAAAUGUAGCAUUAUUGUGAAUCAGGUUACUAUAGUAAAAAUUUAGAAAUGUGAACGUGAGGUUUUCAGGGGUGAGACAUGGUGGGGCAUAAAAGUCUGAAUUGUUUAUUGUAAGGUUGAGAAAAAUCUUAACUACCAUUUUUUUAUUGCAUAUCUCACUGAUGUUCUUAUUUAGAGUCCAGUUUUAAAUUUCAGUGUUUAUUCUGAAGAUGAUGUAUGCCCAUGUGGUUACUGUGGCUGAAAA